AUGGCGGACGCCUACGGACGAGAACAACAAAACAACGAACUCCUAAACUCCCUCUCGGGCAAAGUCUCCGCCCUGAAGAACGUCACGAUCGAUAUCUAUGAUAAUGCGCGCGAUCAGGAAACAAUUGACCAUUCGAGCCAAGUCUUCUCCUCCCUCUCGACGGGCAUAAAGGGAAGCGCGAGCCGGCUUACGCGGAUGGCGAAGCAGGGUGACACUGUCGCUGUGCUGAAGAUUGCGGGGAUUGUCAUCGGUGCGGGGAUACUGCUUUGGUUGAUCCUGGGGUGGAUCUUUUAG